GCCCGCCCACUUCUCAUAUCCAUAUCGAUAUCUAUGGCCGAACACACACAGGUAUGGGCGGCCAUAUCUUGUCGUGUACUAUGCCACUAUGUACUCUGUAUGCAGCAACUUGAAGGCGGUAUUUAAAUGUCAACGGCGGUGGACAGUCGCUCGCUCGCUCGAGAUCUACUCUCCAUAAGGCCAGCGUCAGAAACACCCCGUCGCGUCAGUCCAAAUGACCUCGGCAACUCCCCCUGAAGAGGUACUGCAACUGAACACGCCCACAGCAGAGGUGGUGGAUAAGGACGCACCGCCAACCAGCAUCCCAACCCCACCACCACCGCCCAUCCACACCACCGCCGCCCAAGAUGAGGACACCAACGCACCCAUCUUCCCCCUCCUCAACCUCCCCCUCGACCUGUUCACCCUCAUCUUCUCCUACCUCCCCUUCCACGACAUCGUCAACCUCCGCUCAGUCUGCCACGCCUGGUCCCACACCCUCAUCCCCAUCCAGUACCACACCGUCCUCAUCGACUCCCUCCACCGCUGCACCGCCUUCAUCCGCAUGGGCAAAAACCACCCGCAGAGACUCACCCACAUCAAAGCAAUGUCCAUCCUGCAGUACGGCACCCGCUGGUUCUUUAAUUCAGAGACCUUUCCCAAUGACAUGCUUGCCUUGUUGAAGCUGUGUGCGAAUCUCGAUAGCUUUGCGUAUGAUUCCAUGUUGAGGGGCCCAAAGAGCUUGUCGAUGGAUACGGUGUUUAGUCCGAUGUUUUUUAUGGCGAAUACCUGUGCGAUCAUCGGUGAGAGGAUCGAGUAUGUCCAUUUUGGGAACGAUUGGGAGUACAAUAGGCAAGUCCUCCCCUGGUUCAACAUGAUCUCGGAAUCCGCACAAAUAGCCCAAGUGCACAAAUUCUUCUCACACCUCCCGAACCUGACACGCAUGGCGACGCUCUUCCUGCAACCCGAAGACCGCACGCGGCUGACCGCAAAAACCUGGUCCGUCUGCCUACCCCCUACCUGCACCGCCGUCGCCCUGGGAUACCCCGACCACCCGGGCGCCUACGACCCCUCGUUGGAAUGCGUCCCCGAUUUCGUCACUACCGUCCAUGUGCGCGGGAUCAGCUGGGCCCACGGCGCCGUGGCCGAUCUGGCGCGCCCGGGCAGGGUCGUGAAGGUGUAUUUGGUGGACGCGGAGCCGGAGCGGUGGCAGGCGCUUCUGGCGAGUUAUGCCGCGACGUUGGGGAGGGCGAGGAAGGGCGCCGUGCUGCAUGUCUAUGGCGCCUGGGAUACCUGCCAUGAGGAGUUUGUGAAGGUGUCGCACGAGGCUGGCGGGUUUGAGACCGUGGAGAUGGUGGGGAACCCGUAUGGCCCCGACGAACCGUUUACGUUGCAGGGGGAUUGGGCGUAUUGAAGUUCGGGGAGUCGACCCGACUUGAUCCAUUUCUCGGACACAUUUCUCACUACUGGCAUCGGCCAGAACCCCCCAGCGCCGAUUUCUCCCUAACCCUCUGUAUAUACUCCCCCGCGCCCCCAACGCA